AUGUGGGUCGCUAGGGUUUGGAAAGAGUCUCCCAAUCCCACUCAUCCGGUUCGCACACGGCACACUACAGACCCCGCCCCCAACCUCGGUCUUUCCCAGUCCCAGCCGCCACCGUGCGUCUGUGCAAGUGGCCUUCGGCGGUGCGCAGAGCAGAGCUGGUGACGUGGCCCGUGGUGCGCGUUUCCCUGCAGCCUCGAGGUCUGCACGCCGCCGGCCUCCCUCUCAGCGCCACGCGCCGCCGGCCUCCGUUGCUCACUACCGGACUUCGCACACGCCCGGCGGCGGCCGACCAUCCUCGGAGGUGCAGUUACGCGCGCCGUAGGAAGCCACGGUCCGGGCCGGGGAAGAGGCGGGGCCGCGGUCCGCGCAUCCCUGCGGCGACGCUUCAGAAGCAGAAAACGGCGUUGGCGAACGUCGACCAGAUCACCGGCGCCAAGAUUCCGAAGAGCUUCGUAUUCUCCCGCGGUAAACUCCCCUCCACGCUUCGCCAUCUUCAGCAGGACCUCCGCAAGGUCAUGCUCCCCUACACUGCUCUCAAUCUCAAGGAGAAGAAACGAAAUAACCUCAAGGAUUUUGUCAAUGUUGCCGGCCCGAUGGGUGUGACACAUUUCUUAAUCCUCUCAAACCCUCAAAGCCUGCCACAUUUGCGCUUUGCCAAAUCACCGCAGGGCCCAACAUUCACAUUUCAGAUAGAGGAGUACUCACUUGCGGCGGACAUUGCAAACUCUCAGAAGCGCCCAAGGUGCCCACCAGGGAUAUUCAAAAACUCACCACUGGUUGUACUUGGUGGGUUGACAGGUCUCGGCAACCCUUUCAGGAGUUUGGUCGAAUACUUCCAACAUAUGUUCCCUUCCGUUGACCCAACCACUGUCAAGCUGGCAACAUGCCAAAGGAUUCUGUUGUUAAAACAUGAUAAAGAGAAGGAUGUUAUUGAAUUCCGGCAUUACUCCAUCAAGCUCCAGCCUGUUGGGGUCAGUCGCAGGAUUAGAAAGCUCAUGCAAAACAAUCAAGUGCCUGAUCUAGGAGAAUUUGAAGAUGUUAGUGAGUUUGUGAAAAAAGCUGGGUAUGGAUCAGAAAGUGAAGCAGACGAUGAAGCAGCAAUGGUAAGCUUGCCAAGUGACAUUGACAAAUUAAACCGGGCAUCCAGAAAAAGCGCUGUCAGACUCCAGGAGAUUGGACCAAGGAUGACUAUGCGCCUAGUUAAAGUUGAAGCUGGGCUAUGUUCAGGAGAUGUCUUAUACCCAUGGCCUGUGGAAAAGGAAGUGGUGGGAAAGAAAGGAACAGAAACUGGGGAAGUAGAAGGGCAAGAAGACGAUUCUGAGGCCACAGAUGAGUCCGAGGAUGAGAUGGUGUAGGAUUUCAGAUGUUUUGGACAGGCAGACGCAGGUGUUUUGACAGUCCUGGAUGUUUCAUGCUGAAACCAACGGGCCCUGUGCCCAAUAACGUGGUGCAUUCAUGCCAAUUUUGUCACUGAAGGUGCAUUGCAUUCGUUGUAACGAAGUGUAACAUUGUUUUGCCGAUGGUUACCUCUUUUGUGUUAUGACAAGUUUGGAGGAUAGUUUUUGGUUCGCAGUCUAA